AUGAAAAUAAUUGGACUUAAUUGUCGAUUAAUAAAGUUUCAGAACCCUUCCGGCCAGUUGGACUUUUCAAACGCGACUUUCUUCGCCGGCAAGCAAAUCGCGACGCUGCUCAGUGAGCAAUCACGAAUUCCGAAGAGCAAAACUUCUUCCCUGAAACGUUCCAAAUUCCGCAAAUUUCUCGACACAUACUGCAAACCCUCCGACUACUUCGUCGCCGUCCGCCUUAUCAUCCCUUCGCUCGAUCGAGAACGCGGUAGCUACGGUCUCAAGGAAUCAGUGCUCGCCACGUGUCUGAUCGAUGCUCUCGGCAUCUCUCGCGACGCUCCCGACGCCGUUCGACUCCUCAAUUGGCGUAAAGGUGGAACCGCUAAGGCUGGAGCCAACGCCGGAAACUUUUCCCUGAUUGCCGCGGAGGUACUGCAGCGUAGGCAAGGAAUGGCAUCUGGUGGGUUGACUAUCAAGGAAUUGAAUGAUUUGCUUGAUCGUUUGGCUUCGAGUGAGAACAGAGCGGAAAAAACUUUAGUUCUUUCCACUCUGAUUCAGAAGACAAAUGCGCAAGAAAUGAAAUGGGUCAUUAGGAUAAUUCUCAAAGAUUUGAAAUUGGGAAUGAGUGAAAAGAGCAUUUUUCAGGAGUUCCAUCCAGAUGCUGAGGACUUGUUUAAUGUCACAUGUGAUUUGAAACUAGUCUGUGAAAAGUUGAGGGAUCGGCACCAACGACACAAGCGCCAGGAUAUAGAGGUUGGAAAAGCCGUACGACCCCAAUUAGCUAUGCGUGUCAGUGAUGUAAAUGGUGCUUGGAAGAAGCUCCAUGGUAAAGAUGUAGUUGCUGAAUGCAAAUUUGAUGGGGAUCGCAUACAAAUACAUAAAAAUGGGACUGAGAUACAUUACUUCUCUAGGAACUUCCUUGACCAUUCUGAAUAUGCACAUGCUAUGUCGGAUCUUAUUGUUCAAAAUAUAUUGGCUGACAAGUGUAUCCUCGAUGGUGAAAUGUUGGUCUGGGAUACAUCUCUGAAUCGGUUUGCUGAGUUUGGUUCGAAUCAGGAAAUAGCGAAGGCAGCAAGGGAAGGUCUUGACAGCCAUAAACAGUUAUGUUAUGUUGCCUUUGAUGUUCUGUAUGUUGGUGAUACUAGCGUCAUCCACCAGAGUUUAAAGGAACGGCAUGAACUCCUGAGGAAAGUGGUUAAGCCUUUAAAAGGUCGGCUUGAAGUUUUAGUACCUGAAGGUGGUCUCAAUGUUCAUCGCCCUUCAGGGGAACCUAGUUGGUCUAUUAUUGCUCAUACUGCAGCUGAUGUUGAGCGAUUUUUCAAAGAAACGGUUGAAAACAGAGAUGAAGGAGUUGUGCUUAAAGACCUGGGAUCAAAAUGGGAACCCGGAGAUCGUAGUGGCAAAUGGAUGAAGUUGAAGCCUGAAUAUGUUCGGGCUGGUUCUGACCUAGAUGUCCUUAUAAUAGGAGGGUACUAUGGCUCUGGACGUCGUGGAGGGGAGGUAGCACAGUUUCUUGUCGCCUUGGCUGAUCGGGCAGAGGCAAAUGUGUAUCCCAGGCGAUUUAUGUCCUUUUGUAGAGUUGGCACUGGACUUUCUGAUGAUGAGCUUGACACUGUUGUAAGCAAACUGAAGCCUUAUUUCAGAAAAAAUGAACACCCAAAGAAGGCGCCACCAAGCUUUUAUCAGGUCACAAAUCACUCAAAAGAGAGACCAGAUGUUUGGAUUGAAAGCCCGGAGAAAUCAAUAAUACUUUCCAUCACUAGUGAUAUCAGGACAAUAAGGUCUGAGGUGUUUGUUGCACCUUACAGCCUGAGGUUUCCUCGUAUUGAUAAAGUAAGAUAUGACAAGCCUUGGCAUGAAUGUCUCGAUGUGCAGGCUUUUGUGGAAUUGGUGAACUCGAGUAAUGGCACCACACAGAAACAGAAGGAAUCUGAAAGUACACAGGACAAUCCGAAAGUUAUUAAAUCCUCCAGGAGAGGAGAGAAAAAAAAUGUCUCUCUUGUACCCUCUCAGUUUAUUCAAACUGAUGUAACGGGUAUCAACGGCAAGACCUCAGUCUUCUCAAAUAUGAUAUUUUAUUUUGUUAACGUGCCUCGGUCCUAUUCUCUUGAUGCAUUCCACAAAAUGGUGGUAGAGAAUGGAGGGAAGUUCUCAAUGAACUUAAACAACUCAGUGACUCAUUGCAUUGCCGCGGAAAGCAGUGGAUUAAAGUAUCAGGCAGCAAAGCGUCAGCGAGAUGUCAUCCACUUUUCAUGGAUCUUAGAUUGCUGUUCACGAAAUAAUCUGCUUCCUUUGCAGCCAAAGUAUUUCCUCCAUCUCACCGAUCUUUCGAGGACAAAAUUACAAGAUGAAAUUGAUGAAUUUUCGGAUUCUUAUUUUUGGGAUUUAGACCUUGAAGGUCUCAAACAGGUCUUAAGCAAUGCCAAGCAAUCCGAAGACUCAAAAUCCAUUGACUACUACAAGAAAAAGUUAUGUCCAGAGAAAAGAUGGUCCUGCUUCUUCGGCUGCUGCAUUUACUUUUACCCGUAUAGUCAAACGUUGGGAACUGAAGAGGAAGACCUGUUGGGAAUUAUGGCUAAGAGAUUAGCGCUCGAAGUCUUAAUGGCUGGUGGUAAAGUUAGCAAUAAUCUUUCUCAUGCGUCACACCUUGUAGUCCUUGCUUUCGCAGAAGACUCUUUAGAUUUUACUUCACUUUCGAAAAGUUUCAAUGAAAUGGAGAAACGUCUUCUGUUGAAGAAAAGGCUGCGUGUUGUUAGCUCGUACUGGUUAGAAGAUUGCUUGCAAAGAGAGCAAAAACUGUGUGAGGACGUCUAUAAUCUGAGGCCUAACUAUAUGGAGGAGUCUGAUACUGAAGAAUCAGAUAAAUCCGAACAUGACACAACGAAAGUAGCUGUCUCUGAUAGUGCUGAAACUGAAGAGCCAGAUUCAUCUAAAAAGGCAAUUGCAAGGUCAAGAGGACGGUCAAAUACUCGAGCUGUUAAAAGGGGAAGGUCUUCUACAAACUCAAUGCAGCGAGUACAGAGACGUAGAGGCAAGCAGCCUUUUAAGAUAGGCGGAGAUGAAACAGAGAAUAGUGAUGAUUCUGAAGAAAAGGUUUCCGCAAGACUCGGUGAUAUAACAGAAGAGACGGAUAAGUUAGGUGAGGCUCAAAGGAACAACCCGAGGAGAGGAAGGCCUGCAAAGCGAGGAAAGUCUAGUGUGGGACAAACCCAGAGAGUCCAGAGACUCCGUAGAGGCAAGAAGCCUUCGAAGAUAGGAGGCGAUGAGUCUGAGGAAAAUGAUGAUUUUGAUGACAAAAACGAGGAAGAAGAGACUGCAAAUGCGGAAGAGAGUAGAUCAGUCGAAAAUGAUGAAACCCGAGAACCCGACAGAACAAAAUAUACAGAACCAGAGCGAAGAGACAACAAAGAAGCAAGUGAGGUCUCCCAAGGUUCCAGAAACGAGAUGAAGACCGCGAUGGAUAUGAAAGAGAAGCUACAAAUCCAUGAGGAUCCGGUACAGGCCAUGUUAAUGAAAAUGAUCCCAAGCCUCGGUAUGAAAAACACAGACACAUCAAACCGAGAGGCUAGUGUUUCUGGUGAGUACUGUGAGUCUUCAGAGAAAAGAAAACUCAACGAUGAGACUGGGGGCUCUUCAGUGAAUGCAGUUGUGGACGCAGACGCGGUUCCUCCUCCUGUGAAGAAGAAGAAAGUCAGCUACAGAGAUGUUGCUGGAGAACUGCUCAAAGACUGGUAA